AUGGAUAGUAGACGGCCCGCCAUCGUCAGUUCCGCGCAUUUCCUCCGCCGAUCGCCUUGCGCCGUUGUGCGGAGUUUCCGCGCUCUUGCGCUGCUCGCGCUGCUCGUCGCCGCCGCCUGCCCCCACGCGGCAUCUGCUAGCUCCGCGCAGGGGGAGAAUGGCACCGCCUGGUUGCACGGGCGGGUGCUGCUGCGACAGAUAGCGCAAUCGCAGCCUCAACAGGUGCACGUGUCGCUGGCGGGCGGCGGGCGAGUGCUGGUGUGGUGGGUGACGAGUGGCAACACGGCGGCCACAGUGGAGUAUGGGGAGAGCCGCGGCAAGUACACCAAAACGGCGUCCGGGAGUGUAUCUCGUUAUUCGCUCAACGGAUACACGUCGGGGUACAUUCACAAGGUGCUGCUGGGGCGGCCCAGGAAGGACGGCGUCUUAAAGCCCGGCACCACCUACUACUACCGCCUGGGAGGCGCGGGGCCUGCGAGGGCCUUCAAGACGCCGCCGCCAUCGUCCCAACCCAUCAGCGUGGCGCUCGUUGCCGACAUGGACUCAACGCCAGCAGCAGCCGCCACCAUCGCUCGCCUCUCCCGCACGCCGCACGCCCUCGUGGUCUUCCCAGGAGACCUCUCCUACGCCAACGGCUACCAAUCACAGUGGGACACGUGGCAGUCCCUCAUCCAGCCGGCAGCGUCCAUGCGCGCCUGGAUGAUGGCCCCGGGGAACCAUGAGGACGACGAGGACGAGGGCGCGCCGAGCUCCAACCCCUUCAAGGCGUACAACGCUCGCUGGCCCAUGCCGGCCGCUGCCAGUGGGUCGCCCUCGAACCUGUACUACUCGUUUGACAGCGGCAGCAUUCACUGGGUCGUGCUGUCCUGCUACUCCGACUACUCACAGGGAUCCGCUCAGUACAAAUGGCUGCAGGCGGAUCUAGCCAAGGUAAAUCGCAAGGUGACACCAUGGCUGAUAGCAGCGUUUCACGAGCCGUGGUAUCACAGCAACAAGGACCACCAGAAGAGUGGCGAGGACAUGCGCCUGGCGCUUGAGAAGCUGCUGUACGACGCGCACACGGACGUGGUGGUGUGCGGCCACGUGCAUUCCUACGAGCGCACAUUGCCUCUCUACAACAACGCCCAGGACCCAUGCGGCAUGGUGCAUCUGACUGUUGGCACUGGUGGGGCCGACCUUUACACAAGUUUCCUCUCCCCCAAGCCUGUGUGGUCAGCCUUCCGCCAGGCAGCGUAUGGGUUUGGGGUGCUGUCAGUGGGAGGGGGGGACAGCAAGGGCGAGGCGGUGUGGAGGUGGAGGAGGAACAGCAAUGCAGCGGGGGUGGUGGCAGAUGAGGCGAGCAUCAUAUCGCAUGCCAGCAGCAAGGUACCUGUGCAGUGCCGGGUGUGA